AUGAAACUGAUUGAGAAGACGACGAACAAGUCUAUGACUAUGGAGGAAGAGGAAGUAAAAGAAGGUGAGAUAUUCAGGACGAUCGAAGUAGCUAUGGUUGACCGGAGCAACGUAUCUCCGCCGCCGUCGGCCGGUGAUUCUGCUGCACCACUGCUAGAGGUUUCCGGCGACCAGCUUAACCUGAUUCCUCCGUUGAACUUCGCGAUGGUCGAUAACGGUAUCUUCCGGUCUGGAUUCCCGGACUCGGCGAACUUCUCCUUCCUCAAGACUCUCGGUCUCCGCUCAAUCAUAUCUUUGUGUCCAGAGCCGUAUCGUGACAACAACAUGCAGUUCCUCAAAUCCAAUGGAAUUAAGCUUUUCCAGUUUGGCAUUCAAGGCUACAAGCGCCUACCAGGACUAGAGAACGAGGUUUGGUUGCAUAUUUGGAAUUCUAAGCACCAGAAAGAGGCUUCCUAUACAAAUGGAAAUUCCAAAACUUCGGAACCAUUUGUAUAUAUUCCAGAUAAUAAGAUCCGUGAAGCACUUAAAGUCCUUCUUGAUGAGAAGAACCAUCCACUUCUGAUUCAUUGCAACCGAGGCAAGCAUAGGACAGGGUGUCUUGUUGGGUGCAUGAGGAAACUCCAGAAAUGGUGCUUGCCAUCGAUAUUUGACGAGUACCAGCGAUUUGCAGCUGGUAAAGCUAGAGUUUCUGAUCAAAGGUUCAUGGAGUUAUUCGACGUUUCCAGCUUGAAGCACAUCCCAAUGUCUUUCUCUUGCAACAACAACAACAACAGGAGUAGGUGA